AUGGCUACAUUUAAUAUGAAGAUUUUAUGUACAACCCUCAGUAAAUUGAGCGUGAAUCGUGUUACAAUAAGACAAAAUGCAUAUUAUAAACCCCCAAAGUACCGACCACCACAUUGGUUUAUGCCCAAAGAAAGAGUGAUGAGUGAGGAUAUGUUAACCCAAGAAAAUAGAGAUUUUAUUGAAGAAAUCAAGCAGGAGAAACUUAAUUCACAAUCUGCUUUGGAAUCGCCUUUAGCUAAUGUAGAUCAGCAAACUGUUAAGUGGAACUAUUACACACGUAGAGUGGGCUUAAUUGCACGUAAAAUAGGCAAUUAUCCCUUAUGGUCUAAAGAUGGCAAAAAAUUCCAAACAACACUUCUACAGGUGGUUGACAAUCAUGUUAUAAAAUACAUACCUCCAGAAGAAUUUAAUCCGAUGAGAACAAAAAAAAUAUGCUGGAAAGAGAAAAGAACAUUGGGUUGCCUAUUAGUUGGAUCAGAAACAGUUGAUCCAAGUACAGUUACAAAGGAUUACUGUGGAAUUUUUAACAGUGUUGGAAUGUUACCCAAACGUUUUUUGUUUAGAUUCAUGGUAUCACGUAAUGCAGCAUUACCCACUGGAACACCAUUGUUUGCAACACAUUUCAGAGUUGGAGAUUAUGUUGACGUUAGAGCUAAAACUAUAGAUAGAGGCUUUCAAGGUGUCAUGAAACGAUGGGGAUUUAGUGGAAUGCCUGCAUCACAUGGUGUUACAAAAACACAUAGAAGACCAGGUAACAUUGGGGCAGGUGGAGAAAAGGCUCGUGUUUGGCCUGGUACUAAAAUGCCUGGCCAUAUGGGUAACAGGUGGAGAACCUUAAGAGGUGUCAAAAUUCUGCGUAUUAACACACAACAUAAUAUAUUGUGGAUGUUGGGUGUGGGCAUACCUGGAGAAACAGGAGCUGUGUGUUAUUUAUAUGAUACAGUACUACCUUUGAAGAAACUGAAAGUAGCACCACCAUUUCCUACACACCCUGCCAGUCAUGACUUACCGUUAGAAUAUUAUGAUGAAUCAAUUCAUCCUUUUGAAGAACAAACAAUAAUGUUUGAUGAAGCUUAG